AUGAUUUUGCAUGUCCGGCCGGUGAUCGAGGAUUAUUAGCAAUAGAGGCUGUUAGCUCCUGCACACUGCUAUGCAUGGCUUUGCAUAGCAGAACCAUGCAAAACAGCGUGCUUACAGUGAAGCACACACUCAGCUUACAGUAAAACAGCCCACCGUUAAUCCUUUGAUCGCCCCACAUGUUAACCCCUUCCUGCCCAGUGCCAUUAGGACAGUGUUCAGUGCUUUUUUUAUUAGCACUGAUCACUAUAUUGGUGUCACUGGGGAUGUCAGUGACACCAAGUCAAUUCCCCCCAGUGUCAGAAAGUCCACCGCAGUCCUGCUGU